AUGCACAAAAAUCUUAUAAGAGAAGAACGAAAGGCAGAGUAUAAUAAAGCCCCUGAUUUUGAAACGAUACAGAAGCGUCAUGAAGAAGCCCAAGUAGAGCUCCGUAGGAAGAAAAGAAGUGACCACAUCGCUAAAAGACGAGCUUGAUUAUUCAACAAUAGAACUAUGGCUCAAGAUGCCUCUGAAGAAACAGACAUUGCUUUACUCUCCCUUUAUGAACGAGCAAAGCCAUUGAAAAAAUCCUUAUUUUUGGAAAAAGUAAAAAAAAAUUUGAGAAAAAAUAUUUCAAUAUAUAGUGAUAAUUAUUAUAAUGAAAUCUCUAAUUUGUUUAAUUUAAGCAGCUUACAUUCUAUAAACAUAAAUUUUACGAAUUAAAUUAAUUCUUUCUUUUCAAUUUUUUAAAGUGUUUUAUUAAAUUUCAAUUCUCUCUUGAGCUAGCAAGAUUUUCGCUAACUAGAAGAGGGGAGUUAGAAUUCGAAAUAAGCCAAAUUUCAGGACCCCUACUAAGCCCAGAGCUUGGAUUGCUUAAUCCUAAUAUAAACCCUACAGAGCGUUUAUUAUUACUUAUCAGCUUUAUAAGAGAUUGGGAGAAUCUUGACUUAUUACAAGCAGGAGUACAAGUAUUAAGAAAAAUUCUUUCCAGUGAAAAAGGUGCUCCACUUGAAGUUAUCUUGGAAACUGGAAUCACCAAAAAAUUAAUACAGUGCAUGAUGGUCAAUAAUGGCAGCUCCUUAAAAAAUGACGCUGCUUGGUGCAUCACAAAUCUGGCCUCUGGGAAUGGAAAAAUAGUAAAUCAGCUUAUAAAUGAAGGCGCAAUUGAAGCUUUAACGUGCAUCUUAUCAACUGAAAAAAUAAACCCAGAAACAGUCACUAUGGCUGUUUGAGCAUUAGGAAACAUUGCAGGAGAAAACCUUGAAAGCUGCGAUAAAGUCACCCAAAGUGGAGCUGGGCUUCUCAUUAUGAAUAUAAUGCUUAACUGGCUUAAUAUUUCCAAUGAUGACCUCUCAAUGAUGGUUUGGGCACUUUCAAAUUUAUUCCGCGGGCAAUCAGCGCCCUCUAUAAAGCUUGUCCAAGAUUUCCUUCUAAUUAGCCCACAGCUGCUUGAAAAAGACUCUGAAAAGGUUUUGAUAGCAACUUUAUGGUGCUUUGCAUUUAUAGCAGAGUCUCAAAGGAUUCAAAUGAUAAUGGAUACUGGAAUAAUUCAGAAAAUCGUAAAUUUGUGUGGAAGUGAUAAACUAGAGAUAAGGCACCCAGCUGUAAGAACAAUAGGAAAUUUAGCUGCAAAUAGCGAGACUCUUACACAAUCCAUAAUUAAUUAUGGAGUUCUCGACAAAUUGGAGACACUGAUAAACUGCAGAGAAAGGUUCCUUAAAAAAAUUGUGCUUUGAUCAAUUUGCAAUAUUUGUGGAGGGACCCCUUUACAGGCUGAAGCAGUAGCUAGGCACGAUUUUAUGAAAUCUGUGAUAUCUUUAUUGGAUGACGAAGACUUUGAGAUUAGAAAAGAAGCAAUUUAUAUACUUUGCAACUUGACUUCUAAUGCAUCUUGUAUACUCAUUUUAAAGAAUGAUGAACAAAGCAUUAUUGAAAAAAUAAUAAGCUCAUUAAGCUGCAAAGACCCACAAAUCUUGAUGCUAACACUAAACACAUUAGAAAAUUUGCUGAGCGCUUCAAAAGAAUAUCCAGCAAAUGAUAAAGCAGACAAUUCCUUGAUGUCAGAAUUUAUAGAUAUGGAAGGGCUGGAUAAGCUUGAAAAUCUUCAACGUCACCUAAACGUUCAUGUUUAUAAUAAAGUGUCACAAAUUCUAAAAAACUUUUUCUCUGAGGGAGAAGAAUUAAAAGAAAAUCAGCAGCAAAUAAUAAAUUACAACUUUUGAUAA